AUGGAUAAGGGCGUCGACUGGGACUCAUAUACAAGCCACCCCGAUGCUAUUCGCACUUGCCCCAAGUGCAAACGCGAGCAUAAGUCUUGUAUGACAGAAGUCAUGGCAGUGAAGAAGUACGGCGUCCUGAGCCAGGGCGAUAUCUUUGCACAGCUGCGAGUCCAAGGAAGGUACUUCACCCAGACACCCACCACUAUGUCGGGCAUUCAGGCCCGUAAGAUCGUGUACUUCUGGGUGGUAGACCUCGAGGAGGCAGCAGAAAAAAAAGGUUGGCAACCAAAGGACAGCUCCAAAGCAACCAAACGUACCAGGGCAAGCGUUGCUGAGAUGUCAGAGUUGCCUCCAGCUAAAGCGCCGGCGAUUAAUGCAGACGGGAAGCCCGUGCGCAGGUGUGGAAUUUGUCGGCAGCCGGGGCACAACAGAACAAAGUGUCCACAAAAGGACAGUACCACAAGAGCAGGCGCCACACCGGCUGUCACGAAGUGUCCUGCCACAGCCCCGCAAGCUCAGCAGCAGGCAAGUCCGACAGAGGCAAGCUUAAAGCGGUGGUCAUUCGCCGAUCGCCCUCCAAACAGCCGAGCAGGGUCCAACUUGACUGAAGCCGCGCGUCGUGGAGACACUGCCGAGGUCAAGUCCAUUGUGGAAGACCGCAUCGGCAAAGGCUUUAUGCACUAUCCCGAUUACUUGUUGAAUUACAGCGCCAAAUACCACGAGGUCGAUUACAAGAUGGGGGGAUACACCAAGGAGUGGGACUGGUUCAAGUACACUCCCAUCGUGGCUGCGGCCAAGAACGGCCACGUCGAGUGUGUUAGGCUGUUGCUGCUCAAUGGUGCCUGCCCCGUGCUGCAGUGCUGUGAGAUCGAUGAUGUUUGCGAGGAUGCCUUGCAGGCGGCAAGCGGCAAGGGGGGCUGGAUGCAGUCGUCUUCCACCGCCGAGCUCGAUAAGCUGGAACGGGGAGAGCAGCUGCAAUCCUACAGCUCCUUGAUGCAGCAGGUGAGGAACGAGAGCUGCCACACAGUGAUCCGCAAUGCACUGGCUCGCGCGAAGAAAUUCGUAGAAAUUGAAGCAAUGAUCAAGGUUGCCUUGCCUUUCUGGAAUCACGUCACAGAUCGGAGUGCUCACUGGAGUGAGAAGGCAGCUCGAAACAGCAAGCAACUGCUCCCCUCGAACAUGACCGAUUUGCACACUGCUGUGGCAAGCUUCACUUUUCAGGCAGACGACCGUUUUUCAGACGUGCGGGCCGAACAGCUUGCGCUGAAACUGGAAGCGGAGAAGCGGCGCCUCUUCCCACACCCCGAGCCACAGCUGGCAAGAGCGGGGCAUCCGGGGAGAUGGCAAAGAGCAAAGUCUUUGCCCACGCCAGCGUUGCCAGCGUUGCCAGCUUUGCAGUUGCCUGGGGCUGCCAGCUGGAGAUACGAGCAGCCCAGGCUAGUCGCAGAGAAACCAGUCGGAUACCAUGGACCCUGUUUGAGCUGUCGGAAGAACACUUGCGCCCACAACUGCACAUUCGGAUGGUGUGGCAAGUGUUGCCAUGGGAAAGGCUGUGCCCGGCACCGCUGA